AUGGAUUCCUCAACGCUGGAGAGCAUUAUACGGAGCUAUGGUGUUGCUAUCGACAGACAUACUCUGCAAGAAGCCCUCAAUGACCCGGAGCACGGCACAUCCUUUAACGAAUGGGCGCGCCUUCACCUUGGGCCCGAUAACCUGCUUUCCCGAGAAGAGCUGGCGCUGUACUCGACACUCGACAAAUCUGGCCAGAUUGAUAAGCUUGUGGACGCUCAAGACCUGGCUACCGUCCAGGCUCUCAGCGAACGUGAGAUCCAGAAGGCCAUCGAUGAGCUGAAUCGCUCCACUGCUGCUAUCGUCAAGCAGACCGAGACUCUUAGACAGCAGCAGGAUGCGUUGGCGAAGCUGGUCACGAGCAAUGCAAAGGUCGAAGAAGCCCGCUCUGACCUGGUCUUCCAGCGGACCCAAAAGCACGACUCGGAACGCAGGAAGAUGAUGACAUCAGUUGAAGAGCUGUCCCAGACUCUCGAGUUCAGAGCUUCGGAUCUGGAGCAACAGUCCAAGAUGUCAGGGAGCAGUCUCCAGCAGACGCUGGACGCCUUGCUCCACUCCGAUGACAAGCUCCUCCUCAGUCUGCGCAAACUGAGUCUGGAGCUGGAGACGGAAGACCCAGAAGACCGCGAGCAUGUCGAAAAGCUUCGCGAGAUCUGCAUGAGAUUGAUCAAGUACACCGUUGAAACGGUACGCACAAAGCUUGACCGCCUCUACCUCGAGGCGCUUAGCUCUGCCCAUCGCGGGGAGGUUACACCCAACCCCUCGGACGAUGUCAAACCCCUGCAGGAGGAGCUCGAGUCUCUUUACUCUGAGAUUCUCCCUGUCGCGCAAAUGUCCGUUGAGCAGCAGUAUCUCGAGCCGGCCUUGAAGUCAUUGUCGAACAAGAACGGCCAGUCGCUUGGCCGCUCGGCUGCAGCAGUCGUCUACAUUGACGAAUGUCUUGACUAUCUCCUGGAUCACAUUGACCGGCUAUCCGCUCGCAUCGAGACUUUCCAAUCUCACCAGGCCGCAACCAAUAAUCUCAUCUCCACCGCCCGUUCAGAGCUAUCUGCCCCCGUGUCGACUCCUAAGAAGAAGACCCCCACCCAGGAGCUUGUCUCGCCCAUCCGCCGUCGUAACACUGGCCCUAGCUCACCGUCUCGUCAACGUUCCAACACCGCCGACCGCCGCCGCUCCUCAAUGCUCGAGGAGCCCCCAAUGGACGCCCUUCUUCGUUCCCUCGCGAUCGCCUUCCCCGAGGACGCCGAUGGUGCGCGCCAAAUCGCUAUUCUCUCCGACUUACUCGCCGAGCGGCAGAAAAAAGCCCGCGACGUGGCGCGGAACGCACAGGAGUCGCUCGAGAGCACUGCCGCCGCUCAACUGGGAGAUGCCAAGCUCGCUGUGCAGCUUUUGCGCGACAGCCUGUUGGCCGAAAGCCCCUUUGGCGACGUCAGACUCGUGGACGAGGGCAUUGAGGCGUCGAUCGCAUUUUUAGGGCAAGAGGUGGAGAAGAUUAAGGAGCGAGUCGAGAGGGUGGAUGCUGGAAAGGCGAGGCAGAGAAGUGAGAAGAGGAGGGAGAUUCUCGACCGAUGGGGCCGGUAA